UAAAAAUAAAACAGUUACUUUACCAGCAAAAAUGGGUUUAUUUGGGAAUAGGAGGGAAUUACAAUUCUGGACAUGCAAGCUAGAGCAAAACUGCAGGCAAGUCUAACAAAGGAGAAGAAUGUUAUUUUAUGCCGAGGAAGGGCUGUUCUGAAGGAAGGUCCGUUGCAGAAGGGCUCAGGGUGAUUAGUUUCUCCCUGGCUGAAUUGCAGGGCCCAUUCAUUUCCUGUAGGAGAUGCAAUGCACAUCUUUUCCUGCUGGGGCCUGUAAUCGGGGAUUUCUUUCCUGAAGAUUCUUCUGUUGGUAAUUCUUGACUUCCAGUCGCACCAAGUGAGAGCUCCCCCUUUCACUCCAUCUUAGUGAGGUUCCCCUUUACUAGGUUUCACAGCACUGCGUACCUGGCCCUGUGCUGAACACUUCCCACGUCACUUCUCAUGAGUAAAGUUGUAGUAUUUGUCAAAUUUCAUUACUGGAUUUUGAGUCAGAGCUAUUGUGGGAGAGCAUCAGGACCCCCAAGAGCGACAAGGCACAGAACGUUUAGGCUCAUCCCAGUCUCUGAGGGGGGACAAUGCACAAGUGAGGCUGUUCCCCAGGGCCCCCUCAGAGCCGUCCGCCCACUCCAGAAUGCGGGUCACCCGCAUCUCCGAGGGAGGAAGUCUGCAGUAGCCCCUGGGAGGAAGCUAAAGCACACCGCGGCCAUUCUGAACCUCGGGCUCCACUUCCCAGUGCCCCUUGCGCGGCCGCCUGGGCGUUGCCGGGGGAACUUGCGGGGGCCCCAGGCCCGGCCUAUGCGGGGCAGAAACUACAGCGACCAGAAGGCUACGGGGAACGGCGGCGACCGACGAGCCAAUCACAGCACAGAAGAGCCACUUCCUGCGGCCCCCCCCCCGGACUUCCGGCGUCUGCCUUGUGGACGUUCAUUUCGCUCUUGACAGGUCGUGGAACGGCGCCCUUGGGGACCGGAGCUCCGGGUCGGGGCCGCUUUCCGGGCGCCUCCCUGGGACCCAGCCGGGGGGACACUAAGGAGGAUGAGACCACCUGCCGCGCCUCGUCCCAGCCCACCUCCUGUAAGGGGGCUGCCUUCCUCCGCACUCGCCCUCCGUCCCCUCUGACUGACGCCCCCAUUGCGACGGGCGGCGGGCGGGCACCUGGCCCAGUGGAGCUGUGCGGAUCGGCUGAGCACUCAGGGCCUGCCCGGGUCCGAUGGCGGCGGCGGCGGCGGCGGGGCUGGCGGACCCGGCGCGGGACUGGGGGACCUUUGAGGACGUGGCCGUGUACUUCUCCCGUGAGGAGUGGGAGCUCCUUGAUGAGACUCAGAGGCACCUGUACCACGAUGUGAUGCUUGAGAACUUGGCGCUUGUGGCCUCACUGGGUUGUUGGUGUGGAGUAGAGGAAGCCCCUCUUGAACAGAGUGUUUCUGUAGAAGGAGCGCUCCAUUUCAGGACCCCUAAAGCAUGUCCUUCCACCCAGAAGGCUAACACCUGUGACAUGUGUGGCCUGGUCUUGAAAGACAUAUUACACCUGGCUAUGCAUCAGGGAAUAUACCCUAGGCAGAAACCAUACAAGUGUGCGACAUGUGGGAGAGGCUUCUGGCUCAGUACAAACUCUCACCAGCGCCAGGAGCACCGUGGAGAAAAACGCUUCACAAGUAGCGAACGUGCUAAGGAUGUCCUGGACAGCCACGACCUCCUGCAGUAUCCACCCACCCAUAGCAUGCGGAAGCCACACAGGAGCACCACGCACAAGGAGGCCUUCCAACCCAACUCUAGCUUCCAGCAGCAGCAGAGAGUCCACGCCACGCAGAACCCCUUCAAGUGCAGCAACUGUGGGAAAGGCUUUCUAAAGGCCUUCAUGCUCCUAGACCACCUGCUCACUCACUCCAAAGAGAGACCCUGCAGAUGCCCAACAGGGGGAAAUGCCCCUAAAGAGAACUCCACCGUUCUUCAUCCCCCAAAAAAUCACACUGGAGAAACAUCCCAUGUGUGUACAGAAUGUGGGAAGGCCUUCAGCCACCCUUUUAAGCUGAGGACACAUCAGAAAGUUCAUACUGGAAAACUGCAUCACAGUUGCAGUGAAUGCGGGAAAGCCUUCACCCGAAAACACUCCCUUGUUCAGCACCAGCGAGUUCAUACUGGAGAACGGCCUUAUGAGUGUGGCCAGUGUGGGAAGGCCUUCACUCGCAGCUUCCAUGUUGUUCGGCAUCAGAAAGUUCACAACACAGAAAGGCCUUAUGAGUGCAGACAGUGCCGGAGAGUCUUUAGCUGUAUCGCCAGUUUUGUUGAGCACCAGAAAAUACACACUGGGGAAAGGCCUUAUGCGUGCAAUGAAUGUGGGAAAGCCUUCAUUAACAGCUCUCAUCUUGUUCGGCAUCAGAAAGUUCACAACACAGAGAGGCCUUUUGAGUGCAGCGAAUGUGGAAAAGGCUUCCGGCAAACCUCCAAACUUAUUCUGCAUCAAAGGAGUCAUACAGGAGAAAGGCCUUAUAAAUGCAACCAGUGUGGGAAAGCCUUCAGUUGCCCUUCCAACCUUGUCCCACACCAGCGAAUUCAUACUGGAGAAAAGCCUUAUGAGUGCUCGGAAUGUGGAAAAGCCUUUAGUCAAAGCUCUGCCCUCAUUCAGCACCAGAAGGUUCACACCAGAGAAAGGCCUUAUGAGUGCAGUGAGUGUGGAAAAGCCUUCAGCUAUAGCUCGAACCUUGUUAAACACCAGAAAGUUCACACUGGAGAAAGGCCUUAUGGGUGCAGCCAGUGUGGGAAAGCUUUCAGUGAGAGUUCCAUCCUCAGUCAGCACCAGAGAGUUCACACUGGAGAAAAGCCUUAUGAGUGUAACAAGUGUGGGAAAACUUUCCGCUACAGCUCAAACCUCUCUAAGCACCAGAAAGUUCAUAUUGGAGAAGAGCCACCUGAGUGCAGUGGACAUAGGAAUGCCUUCAGCCAGAGUUCCAGCCUCAGUCGGCACCAAUGAAGGUCAUACCAAAGAGAGGCCUUAAUAUUGUGGCAAAUGUGGAAAACCACUAACUAACAGGGGCAUUUUCUUGUUCACCUUAAUAGAGUUCACUCCUGAGGAAACUUCUGUGAAAGGAAACUUUGUGAAGAAGCCAUAAGCCAAAAAUUGAAAAAUAUCCUAACACCCCUACCAGGAGAUUGCCAGAUACAUGGGAAGCUUUCAGAAGCUACAUCACAUUUUCUAAUCUGUCCAGGUGCUUUGCCAGAUUAUGUCAUUGCCAGAUGCCAUCUCACUUCUACCGGCUGGCAGGUCCCCCCACAGCCUGCCAUCUCAUCAUACUCAGGGAAGGCUGAUUUUGUGCUCUCUCAUUCCCUGGAGGGAGACAUGAGUGAUGGGAACUCUUUGGGGUGGCCUCAUUUUCAUUUCUGCCCUGUCCCCAGUGGUUCAGGCAUAGCCCUGACCUCUUUCUCUCCAGGGGGAUCUGACUGGAGUCUGAGGACUUGCAGAAGUAGUUCCCUCUUUUGUGGGUAUUGGUUUUUUUUGUUUUUGUUCUUUUAAGGUUUUAUUUAUUUAUUCGACAGAGCAAGCACAAGUAGGGGGAGCGGCAGGCUCCCCACUAAGCGGGAGUGCAAUGCAGGGCUCAAUUCCAUGACCCUGGGAUCAUGACCUGAGCUGAAGGCAGAUGUCUCCAAAUCACCCAACCCUGGAACUGCCUGUCCCCAGAGUGUGUGAUAAUAAAGGCCUUCCUGUUGAAGCCAUUUUUAGUCUCCAUCCACUGUGUGCAGGGGGAGAUGGAGGACAGAACUGGGUUCUGACAGGAUAAAGAGGGAGAAAGGCCUUAGUGGGAGACCUCAACUUCAACAGCAAGAUGGCACACAACAGUGUGCAGUCUAGGCCCAAGGCCUUCUGGGACAGGCUGAAAGUCUCUGGGUUAAAUCUUGUGUCCUGGAUGCCAGAACAAUCUGAUAGGCCCAGAGCUUUGGACAUUGGGUGUUGCAAUCUAGUCCUUCCUGGGCAGCAGGGGUUGGGUUCUUUGUUCCUGGGAAUGUCCCACAUUCUCCAGUAGAGUUGAAGGGCCACUGUCUCCUGGGACCUGUCCAUGAGUAAGGCCCCUGAUGUCCAGGUUAUCACUGGAUGUAAGAUCUUCAGGGGCCAGGUAGAACCAUAAGUGGGUACAGAAACACUGGUUUUGAGGUGAGGGAGUCAGUGAGACUGGCAAACAGAGGAGAUGCUAUGCUUUAGUCACAUCAUACCCACUCACAAGAAUUGUGUUCAACUCCACGUUCAGUAACAAUCACAUCAAUGGCUUUCAGUCAGCCAUGGUAGAAUUUAUACCACAAAAAAAAUGAACAAACAAUAGUUCUUUGAAAACAAACAAAAAACUGGGAAAAAAACACCUGAUAUGGAGUGUUUGCCAAGUUUGUUGACCCUGACUUUGGCCAUAGGAGAGACUCAGCUCUGCAGAUCUUAGGAAGUCCCGCAUACUCUCAUCUUGUCCUCUAGCACAAGUCCACUGACCCUUUACGAUGGGCAUAGCCAGCAGUAUGCUGCUCACUGCUGGAGCAAAUAACCUAACCUAAUGGUGGUGUGGAUUCCUGUAGUCUCCCUGCGCUGAUCACUUCAAGGCCAUCAAUGCACAGGCAGGAACCCUGGGACUACAGUCCAGGACUUUUGUAGCUCAGCUAGUAUUCUAGGUCAGUGUGGUAUCCAUGGUCUUCAUCAUCUGCUGUUUUUUAAUGCUACUAAGACAAGGCUGUCCCUGGGUACAGGGAUCAGAGAGGAUGGAAUCAACAUUUGAUUGCCCCCAUUUUCUGGUUUUCCAAGAGUGAGAGAUCCAUAUGCUUAUGUGAAGCCUUUUGAUUUUUGUAAAUGUUGAAAACUUCUAUACAAAAUUCAUAGGUAUAUAAGCAACCUAUAUAUAUGGGCUACACAUGUGUUCCUGGUCCAACACUUGGAACGGUCAGAAAAUAAGCAAAUCAGGCUGUCAGGAGCCCAGGGUUCCCCAGCUAUGAAGGCUUUUGGCACAGUGUUUACCCCACAGCAUGUAGCAGGGGAGGUGGCACUGUUGUUGCUACCCCACUCAGGACCCCCCAGUUCCCUGAAGCUGACCAUGUGAGGGAUGGCAGGAUCCCAGGCAGGCUUGUGGUCAGCCAAGCAUGUGGCAGGUCUGCCUAAGUGCUCCCCGCAUCCCAAGGUAUCAUGGCACCCCUUGGACCUUCUGGGUAUAAUAAUUGCCUUCCAUUAACGUGGGGGGCUUGGAGUUAGAACCUAAGUCCAUUUGAACCUUGGGGUUUCAGGCUUCCAAGAAAAGGGAUCAUGGAUCAUCAAGAGCUCAACUCCUUGUACCCAUGUGGCCAGCUACGGUCAGAGAGACCUCAAAACACUGCUCCCAAUGCAUGAAUGAAGUCUUCUGUCUUCUACUCUCCUCACCAGGGAUCUGCACACACCAACCAAUUUACUGGAACCUCAGUAUUUCCCUGGUGGUACCAGAACAUAGCAAACAAAGGUCUGUUGGUUCUGAGUGUCUGAUCUCUCCACAGUACCAACUUAUGUGAAGCUCAAGUCCUCCCAGCUUGAUGAAGUAUCCAGGGGUCCUUGGCCUGCUCAGGCUUCUCCUUCCUGAGUGUAACAACUGCCUUGCACCAACAUGGAAGGGCUGCUUGGGAUUAGAGUUCAAGUCCAGCUGAGCCAUGUGGAGCUCAGACCUACAAUCAAAGUAGGGCAGACACUCAUCAUGAGAACUCAAUCCCUUUUAUCCUGAAUGGUCACCUGUGUGUAGAGCUUAUAAAAUGAAUUCUUUUGGCAAAGAGUCCUUGAUUUGGUGAAAUGGCCCUGACCUGAACCUGACUUCUGCUCUCCCCAUCAGGGCUCUGUGCAAGGCAGCUGGCUUGCUGUGUGUGUGUACGUGUGUAGUUGGGCGUGUGCGUGUGCAUGUGCUGGAGCAUCUAAAACAAAGCCCUCGUGGCUCAGCGUCUAUAAACUGGGGCUACUCAUGUUCAUCUUGACAUGAGAUUGUCAAGGAAGAUUGUCCUGUGAACCAGCCACGGAAGAAGGCAGUGUAGAGUGAUGGUCAGAAGCAGCCCUUCUGAUCAUCUGAGCCCCAGAUCUACUUAGUCCCUGAAGCCAGAUGCCAAGUGGACUUUUGGGUUCCAUGUACCAAACAAAAUAGGCCAAGGCAAUUCAAUAGGGAAAAAGAUAAUCUUUUCAACCAAUAGUGCUGGAACAACUGGAUAGCCACAUGUAACAAACCUCUAAGUUACCUCAAGUCAUAUGCAAAAGCUAACUCAAAAUUCAUCAUAGACAUAAAUAUAAAACUUAAUAAAACUUCCAGAAGAAAGCACAGUGACCCUGGAUUUGGUGGAUUUCUUAAAUAUAACAAAAAGCAUAAUAAGAAAAAGAUAAAUCAAUUGAACUUGAUCAAAAUUUUUAAUUUUUGCUUUUCAAUAGUCACAUCAACAAAAUGAAAAUGCAAGCCACAGACUGGGAAAACUGUCUGCAAAAAAAUUCUGACAGAGGACCUGAAUCUAGAAUAGAUGAAAAAUUCACAAACCUAAUAAGACAACCUAAUUUUUAAAAAUGGGCAAAAGUGACUUGAACACUCACUUCACUAAAGAAGAUAUAUGAAUGGCAAAUAAGCACAUGCCUUCUACGUAAAAGGUGUUAUUA